UCUCUCUCUCUCCCACACACAGGGCAGAGGCGGAGGUUAGACUCUCUCUCCCGGGGCUCUGGUCGCCCUUCUCGGGGCCGGGGCCGGGGCUGCGCGCGGAGCUCACACACGUGGCUGCCGGGGCGGGGGAGGCAGCCCCGCGGAGCUGGCUCGCAGAGGCACAUGGAGCGGGCAGAGCGCGGCUGAACGCGGGUCCCCCUGGUCUCCCCGUGCCGGGUCUCCGGGGUGGAAACCUGCCCAGAGCUGCUCAGCCGAGGCGAAGAACUUUCCCCUCCAGCCGCCCCGCAUGCGCCCCCCGGGAAGGGCAGGAGGAGAGUCGGGGCACCCAAUUCAAACAGCCGCCGAAGGAGCGAGGCGGGAGGAAGAGGGGACGGAGGCAGCCAGAGGGAGGAGACGGUGGGAGGAGAGAGAGCGAGAGGCCAGCGGGAGGGAGAGGGAGCCACACAGACAAAAAGGGAGGGAGAGCAGAAAGGUGUGGGGGGAGGGCGAGCAAGGCAAGGCAGAAGGAGGAGGAAGAAGAAGAAGAGGAGGAGGAGGAGGAGCAGCAGCAGCAGCAGCAGCAGCGUCUCUCAGUCGCUCUCCAGAGGGAGCCCAAGGCUGCUGUUCCCUUCCCUGCGCCCCGCCAAGGCAUUGUCAGCGCCCUGCUUGUCACUGUCCCCGAGCCGCCCCCUCCAGCACCAUGGUAGACAGGGGCCCCUUGCUGACUUCUGCCAUCAUCUUCUACCUGUCCAUUGGGGCAGCUAUCUUUGAGGUCCUGGAGGAGCCCAACUGGCAAGCAGCGACGGAAGAUUACAAGGACAAGAAAACUAAGCUGCUCAAGGAGUUUCCUUGCCUGGGCCAGGAAGGGCUGGAGAAGAUCCUGCAGGUGGUGUCAGAUGCUGCUGGGCAAGGGGUUGCAAUCACUGGGAACAAAACCUUCAACAACUGGAAUUGGCCUAAUGCUGUCAUCUUUGCUGCUACAGUAAUCACAACAAUCGGCUAUGGAAAUGUUGCUCCUAAGACACCCACUGGACGUGUCUUCUGCAUAUUUUAUGGGCUCUUUGGAGUUCCUCUCUGCUUGACAUGGAUCAGUGCUUUGGGGAAGUUCUUCGGUGGACGUGCCAAGAGGCUGGGCCAGUUCCUAACAAAGCGAGGAGUAAGCCUGCGAAUGGCACAAAUUACAUGCACAGCAAUUUUCAUUGUCUGGGGAGUCUUAGUCCAUCUGGUCAUUCCUCCCUUUGUCUUUAUGGUGACUGAAGGCUGGGACUACAUUGAAGGUCUCUAUUUCUCAUUCAUCACAAUCACCACCAUAGGAUUUGGAGACUUUGUUGCUGGUGUAAACCCAGACGUGAACUACCAUGCCCUUUACAGAUAUUUUGUGGAGUUCUGGAUCUACCUGGGCCUAGCUUGGCUUUCACUCUUUGUCAAUUGGAAGGUCAGCAUGUUUGUGGAAGUCCACAAAGCAAUCAAGAAACGGAGGAAAAAAAGGAAAGAGUCCUUUGAAAAUCACUCUCCCUCUAAAAAAGCCCUUCAGAUGGGCAACUCCAAGGAUGUGAACAUCUUCAGCUUCCUUUCCAAGAAGGAAGAGACCUACAAUGAUCUCAUCAAGCAGAUUGGGAAGAAGGCUCUGAAGACAAGCAAUGACAAAAUGAUUAAAGCAGAAAAUGCUAAACCAAAUAUCCAGAAUGCCCACAAAGAUGCCCUGGUGACAUACACAAAGAGCAAAUCAUUCGAUUAUGACAAGGUUUCCCUAGGACUCAAAAACUGUCACAUCAUGAGGCACCUAAAUGACAAAUGCACUGGAGACAGCCCCUUUGAGGGCACCAUAUUUGUAAACCAGCUGGACCGGAUCAGUGAGGAAGAAGGGGAAGCUUGGGACUCCAGGGAUUACCGACCCUUAAUCUUUGAGAGUGCCAAUAUAAAUUUUGCAAAUGAGGAAGAAGACAAUGAGGAAGAUCUUUCAGAUGAUGAGGAAACUUCAAAGUCCUCCAUGGAUGACAAUCUUGAAGAGGAUCCUGAGACUCCUAAAAAACUGGUGAAGUUCCCAUCCGCUGAUGAAUCUACCUUUGCCAGUAAAGAGUCAGAGAUUUCUGUGCCUUAUGAACAACUGAUGAAUGUGUACAACACAGUAAACAAUGUAACGGCUACAACGUGAAGCAGCAUGCAUUUUGGCAAUGUUUUUUUUAAAGGUGGUUAAUACUGUCAUUCAAAAUUUAUGCAGGAGGAAGGCAGAUUCAUUACUAGCACCUCCUGUCUCUAACACCCAAACCAAAAACCUCCUAUGUCUUAACGUUAUCAACAGUUGUUUGUUUUUUGGAGUCCAAUCAGGUUUGCUUGUCUAUGUUAGAACAGUUGCAAGAUGACAAUUUAAAGCUUGAGGCAUCUUGCUUCCUCGUGGGACUCUGUAGUUCUUGAAGAAAGUGGGAGGAAAUGACUAAAGUUGUUACACUGGACCUAUUUUUUUUUAUUGUACUUUUCAUGGGAGAAUUCAUUUGGGUGUAAAACUAUACAGUUGCAGACAAACUGGUUUAGGCAUAUAGAACAAGUUAGAUUACUGCACUAGCCUCUCACCUCUGGAAAGCUGGAUUCAAGUUCUGCGUAGCUCACAAGUGAAAAUAAGUUUGGGGUCUUAUCCUAGCCACACAUCACCAACUUACUACCAUUAGAUGUGGGUAACCGGUAGUCUCUCUCCAAGAGAAGCUUGGGACUGGAAUAACAGGAUGUACUUAAGGUCAGAGUUGAGGUGCAUUGGCAGAGGUGAGUAAAGAAGCUUCAAAGCUACCAUGGUGUUUGUCUGGGAUAUGCCAGUGCUAUUAGUAAAUGGUGAACAGUGAAUUUAUGAACAAAAAUAUUAAACUAAAAAACACUGAAGGAACUGGCUUAAAGAGAGCCUGCUUAGAAAACAAGAACCUGCCUGGAAUGAAAUCUUCCUUAGGGACAUGAAAAGCACUUGUGGCUAAAGUUCACUGUGUCCAGCAGCCAAGAACUGUGCAAAAAGGAGGUGGGAGGGAAGCCACCUUGAUCAAAGUAAAGAGGAGCACAAAGGAUAUGACAGACUUUUUACAUGGAAAGUGUCCUUCCACUGUCUGUAUUCUAGAGAAAAUACUUGAAUACACUUUGUCUGUACAGAUAAAGUUUUAGUUAAACUGUCCUUUUGAGUAAAGUCACCUUUUGAGUAGCAAAUCCUGUCUGAAUGUUGCAAUGUCUGUCAAAGGGACCUGAAGAACUGCUACAGAAACCUGUACAGUAUGAUCACUAUCUCUGUUUCAGAAACUCUUGCUGUACCUUCCCAACUUGGUACUUCAGAUUAGACUUGAAGUUGAGAUGGUUUUAAAAACAGUCACAUUUUGACUAUGGUAUUUUUAAAAGCAUGACCCACUUGGGUAUUCAGUGGUUGUUCUACCCCUCUUCCAAGAAGGUUGUGUAAUGGUAGACCUUGGGUAAAAUUUUCAGAAGUGCCAGUGACUUAGGGAUUGUCUACUCAGAGGAUUAGUGCGUAACAGAUGAGAAUGUGAAUCGGCAGUGUACUAGUUUGCUGUAUGCUAACUGGCCAUAUGGACCCUUUACCAUGCACUAAAAUCUCUUUAGUGUGCUUUGACAUAUUCCCAUAUGAAAGCAUAUUGUGGAACUUCUAGUGUGUUGUAGCAGGGUCCACUUGACCAAUUAGUGUGCACCAAGCGAGUGCACUGUAGAUUUAUACCCUAGCUUGCUGCAUGCUAAUUCUGUGUAGACAAGCCCUUAGUCCCUUUUUCAAAAGUGACUCAGGCUCCUAAGUCACUUGGAAACAUCUGAAAUUUUUACUUCUUGCCUCUGAAUUAGAGCUUUCGGUUGGUUGUGAGGUAUGUGGGCUAUUUUUUAAAAAUGUUAACCCCAGAUGUUUUGAGUAAAAAAGAAAACAGUAAUAUGUUUUUUUCCUUUUCUUAAAAAAGAGAUCCACACAUACACCAUGUAAAACUCUUUCAAAUGAGGCUGUUGAUUACAUGUUGGCAAGAGAUUCUGCUACUCUGGAUACUGGGACACUGCAGAGGAGGGUAUGCUGGGGGAGGGGAAAGGACAGUGUCCCAGUAUCCAAAGUAUUUUUAGAACAGAGAAUUGUCAAGACCGUUGGACUUAAAAUUGCAAGCUUUUGUUUUUGUUUUAUAGUAUCUAAAUCAUUCCAAGAUGCCCUAGAAAUUUUGAAAGUUCAGAGAACAGUUAAAACUGAAAUAUAUGGAUUUGGGAAGGAGAGAGGUAAAUAUUGCUGCCUCUAGAACUCGGUGAGAAGGUUUGUAUGGAAUUUUGUAAUACUAAUCUUGAAUGAUUAAAUUUACUAAUAACUGUAAAUAUUCACCGCUGCUUGAAUCAUGGGAGUCUCCUUCCACAUUAGGAGGAGAAACUGUGGGAACCCAGCACUCCAGUUAGAUAUCAUGUUGACAAGUUCUGAAGCCACCUACUGUAAAACAAGGAACAUCUGUAUUGAUUGCUCUUUGGAUAAUUGUAUUAUGUUCAUGAAGGUGUGCAACCUAAUUGUAACAAGGGCAAGAUCCUAUUCUGUUAAAAAUGUUGUCAAAAAUGUGAAAUUAACUUAAUUGGUUUCAGCAGUUAUUCCACCUUUAUAAUAUAGCUGAAGAGAGAAACUAACUCAAGGUGUAAUUUCAUACUUUUACUGCUUUUUGGAGUCUUGAUGACUAGAUGAUCAGAUUUGCAACAGUCUGGAAUGAUUGAGUGUCUGUACUAGGAAGGUUUUGAUGAGUUCUAAUAGGUUUUCUUUUUACAGCCUUUCAUCAUGACUCCAAGCCCCUCAGGUAUGCCUCCUUGUGUAGAAGGUUUUGGGUGAUAACUGUAUCUUGAUGCCACUGUGUUGUUGUUAUUGUUUGUUGUUGUUUUUUUUCAACCGUAAGAAAUGGGAGGCAGGGCUCCAUUUAUAGAGGUAUGGUUUUUACUGUGGCAGGUCUAAUAUUCUCAUUAAAGAAAUGCAUAUCGCUUAAAAGAAAAA